AUAAUCCUCCUCUACACACUCCAUUAUACACGCCGACAUAAACUGCCCAGAGCUCUAUGUAUAUGUCAAACACUGCGUGUCCGAAGGGCACAGAUGCAGGCAGAGCAGAACAUUUGCGGGAAUGAUACUGGACUGAUGCCAGACACCAAAAUCUUGGUGCAUAGCCUGCACAUGGAGAAAAAGCGACGCUGAUAGGUGGUCUACCCCGAGGAGCCUUCAGUAAACAGCCUGAUGGACGAGGAGACACCGCGCUGUUUACACUGAAACGCGCUAAACGCAGCACAGACGAGCGGAAAUGUUUCCCAGCAUCUGUUUCUUAAUCCGACACAUCUGAAGUGAGCGCUGCUGUGUUUCAUGAUGCAUCGGAGCACCCUCAUGCCUAAUUUUCUUUUAUGAAGCCAUUUUUUUCUUUAUUUAAUGUACAAUCGCUGUGUCCUGCAGUAAUUCUGAAGCCUUAUGAGGAGGAUGAAAGCGUCUGUAUUUGUCGCGGUCAUGUCCUCGGUUUUAUUUAAUCCCAGUUUUGCCUUCAGUUCACAUUUCGACCCAGGUGGCUCCCCGUUGAGUGAGCUGUCAUGGCCGUCCUCUCUGGCGGUGGUUGCUGUCUCCUUCUCCGGCCUCUUCACGUUUGUCUUCCUCAUGCUCGCCUGCCUGUGCUGCAAGAAAGGGGACAUCAGCUUCAAGGAGUUUGAAAAUACGGAGGGGGAGGAGGGCCAAGCUGACCUUUCAACUUUAGCCUCCCCCAGCUCUCAGAAUGACCCCGAGGUUUAUAUCCUGCCCCUCACGGAGGUCUCACUACCUGUGUCCAAACAGCCCAGCAAGUCAUUUCAGCUGCUGAAGUCUACGGAUCUCAGACGCCACAGCCUUCUCUACAUCAAAGAAAUGGGACAGGGCUGGUUUGGCAAGGUUUUGCUGGGGGAGGUGAAUGCUGGACUCAGUACCACACAGGUGGUGGUUAAGGAGCUAAAGGCAAGUGCCAGUGUACAGGAGCAGAUGCAGUUCCUGGAAGAGGUCCAGCCUUACCGGGUGCUCCAGCAUCCAGCCCUCCUGCAGUGUUUGUCCCAGUGUUCAGAAGUCACGCCCUACCUUCUGGUUAUGGAGCACUGCCCCCUGGGAGAUGUUAAAGGAUACCUCCGUAGCUGUCGGGCAGCAGACUCAAUGACCCCUGACCCUUUGAUCCUUCAGCGGAUGGCAUGCGAGAUUGCUUCUGGUCUUCUGUACCUUCACAAACACAAUUACAUUCACAGUGACCUGGCCCUAAGGAACUGCCUGUUGACCUCAGAGCUGGCAGUGAAAAUUGGGGACUAUGGCCUCAGCCACAGCAAAUACAAGGAUGACUAUUAUGUGACAGCAGAUCAAAUAUGGGUUCCUCUACGCUGGAUUGCCCCAGAACUUAUUGAUGAAGUCCAUGGCAAUCUCUUAGUAGUUGACCAAACCAAGACCAGCAACGUCUGGUCAUUAGGUGUGACGAUAUGGGAGUUGUUUGAACUGGGUAACCAGCCUUAUAGGCACUAUUCUGAUAGGCAGGUUUUAACAUAUGCUGUAAAGGAACAGCAGCUCAAACUGCCAAAGCCCCUGCUGAAAGUGCCUCUGUGUGAACGCUGGUAUGAGGUAAUGCAGUUCUGUUGGCUGCAACCUGAGCAGAGGCCUGUUGUGGAGGAAGUCCAUCUCCUGCUAAGCUACCUGUGUGCUAAGGGUGCGACUGAAGCUGAGGAGGACUUUGAGAAACGCUGGAACUCUCUCAGGCCAAGUCUGGGCUCCAGCAGCUCUCACAGGACACCUGCACCUGAAGUAGCCUCUUCUACUUCUUCUUCAUUUCCUCUGCUUGAACACUUCUCUAUGGCAGACAGCUUCCAAUCUGAGAAUGGGGAUGAUAUAUUGACAGUAACUGAGACCAGCCAGGGGCUCAACUUUGAGUAUAAAUGGGAGCAGGCACGAGCUGAGCAGCCCUACUGCUCCUCUUCAACUAGUGGACCAUUGGGAAAGAAUAAUCCCCAUUACCAGGAUGUGUAUUACCCUCUUAGCAAUUCCACGGGUAGCUGUAAGGGUGAGAGCCUCCCUCUUGGGGUUUCUCCAUCCUACUAUGAGUCAGACCAUCCAGGUGUGGUUCCAGUGCUAAGUGCACACAGCCCCUCAGUAAGUAGUGAGUACUACAUCCGCAUCGAGGAGCCAGGUGAGUGCAACAUCAACUUAGAAGACACUAAUCUUGAUUACAGCCCAAGACUUGAAGCCAGCAACAGUAGCUUGUCCUCUACAGGCAGGAGGAGCCCAAUUGGGUCUCUGCCAAACACCUACUGGUCAGCAGCUAAAGAACCCAACAGUAAUGAUUAUGAUUCAGAUAGUAGCCUAACCAUGGAGCCACUCCAAAGAAGAGUUCCAAGCUCGGUAGAGAUAAACCAGUCAGAAGUUUAUUUUUCUUCCGAUGACAGGCAUAAUUUACAGUGUGAACAGUCACCUCAAGCAGGGCCAGAUGUUCAUUUGAUAAGAGGGCAUGGUUCAGACACUUAUCAGCAGAGAAGAGGGUCGGGAAGCCUCUGCCAUAGACUGGAGGUGGUAAAGGAAAGCCCACUUGGAGUUUCAGUCUCUCUUAGUAGUCCCAGCUUGGCACAUUGUGACCCAUACCUUGAGUCUAACCAGAGAACUGUAGAAAGAAGUAUGGCCAAUAAGACCUAUUAUGACAUGAUGGGCCCCUUACAAAAGAGUGUGCCCAGACCCCACUACAUGAGCAUUGAUAUUGAUGCCGGUGAUGGCCUUCUUUUGGGCAGGGGGAGUGCUGAUUCAGAAGAUGAUGAUGAUCUGUUUUCUCAGAACAUGUUAACUAAUUGGAACUCCAACCACUCAGCAAACAACAACAGUUUAAGCGAUCGUACACAAGCUGUGGGUUUUCGAGAUGCAUACCUUGAUUUACGUCACCCGACACCCUCUUCUCAAGUCGGGAAUUUGAAAUCAAGAGUGUUGGAGACAAGCAACAGUUGUGCAUAUAAUUCUAUCGAUUCUCUCAAAGACCACUCAUACAUGGAAGCCACGGAUAGUAUGUCCUCUAAACCUAACGCUGACUCAGAGGGUGGUGAAUACCUACAUUUAAGCCCUGAAAGUACUCAGGAAGUUGAAUCAUCUUCCAAAUGUCAUUCUGUCACAGAAAGUCAGCCUAUUCUUUCACGGCAGAAGAACAUUGCUCAUAAACAUAUCAAAAACAAUACAUCAGACUUCCAUGUAGGAGGUUGCAACAGAAUGAAUCCACCAACUCUUCCAUCAGAGCUGGUAGUGACUAAAGAAAACGAGUUGCUUGAGACAAGGAUAUCCCCUGCACAAAAACUGAAACUUGGGACAGACAGUUCUGCUGGAGUUUGUGUAAAAAUGGUGUCAUGCCCUACGGAUCUAUCUAAGACUGUCUCAGAGUGUAGCCAUUUGACAGACAGCAGAAUGGUGCCCGACAACUCCAGUAUCAUUCUAGUGGAAAUUAAUGACUGCAGUAAUGACUGCAUGGACAUCCCCUCUGGAGUAUUAGAAGAUUAUACCUUGGACUAUGCAGAGGUGGGCAAUAUUGACCUAACUCAUAGAACACUGCAGAGAGAGACUGGGUCCAGACACUGCGAGGACAAUCUUGCCUCUAGCAGCAGUCCAUGUGAGGCCUUCAGCCCUGAUAGUUACCACACGUCCAUUCAGCCGAAAUCCUUAGAUAGUGGCUAUGACACGGAGAAUAAUGAAUCCCCAGAGUUUAUCUUGAAAGACCUUGAAGGGAAUCCAGCCCUUAGCACUAGUGUAGAAUCAGACGAGUGUGACAUGUUGCUCCAGAUGGACCUAGAUGAAGAUGUCAAUGUAAUGCUCCUGCAUCCAUCCAGCAGUCAUCUACCACUGAUCAGCCUUGGUGAGAGGAAUCAGUACAGAGACUCUGCUUAUUUUUCUGACUAUGACAUGGAGAAUGACAAGAGCCCUAGUGAAGGGGUUCACCUGUUCUUCAAUUGCCAAGAUGAGGAUGAUGCCUUUGAUCUCAAAGCAGAAAAGGAGGGCUCAGAAAAGUCAUUUGGGAGAGAAGGACGUAGCAUGGAGAAUGAGAAGGGAAAUGACAUAUCUGUGCCAAAGGACAACAGUGCUGCCCUUAAUGCUAAACAAUUGUGUCUUAAAAAGACAAACCCAAAUCUCUGUCCAUCACCUGCAUCGGUUCCAAUGAUAUCUAUGCUUUCACCCUUUCCUCCAGAGAUGGGGGGUUGCUUGACCAAGGAGUCAACUCCAGAUGAUGGUAUUGGGCUGGAAUCUGAUCACUCUGGAGAGGAACCAAACUCUGAAUGCUACUCUUCCACAGUGUCUGAAGGUUCUUCCUCAACACAGCAGGCCUCAGGUGUGGAGGAGCAGGCUAACGGAGACACCAGAGACUUUUCCUCAGCAGAGUCACUAGGCUCAGACUCUACCAUAGUAGACUUCAGUGGUGAGAUAAUCCAAGCAGAGGAGCAAGAGGCCUGUAACAGUUUGGACAAUCCGGAGCUUCCAAUGGAAGGAAACAACGAGGAAAUGGAAGAUUCAGUGGAAGAAGGUGGCAUAGGUUCAGCACUUUCAAAACCAAAGCGUGAUGAAUCCUUGGAGAAUAUUCUUCCAGCCUUGCCAGAAGACUUAGAUGUUCCAGCUCCACUGGGGAAUGGAGAGGAGGCGGAUGAGGAGGAUUCAGAGGAUAGUGAUGAGUCUGAUGAAGAACUUCGUAGCUACAACAUACAGGAGCAGAGUGAUGAGAGCGAUGAAGAGUUCCCUGUGGUGCCUGUCAUUGUGAGCGAUCGUAGCAGUGCACGGCAUCUACGCAGCCUGCUCAAAAUGCCCUCCAUACUUACACAGUCCUUCUGCGAUGAGCUGGAGAGCAAGAAAAAAGCGGUGUCAUUCUUUGAUGAUGUCACUGUGUUUCUGUUUGAUCAGGAGAGCCCCACAGGUGAGCUUGGGGACUACAGUUUUCCUGUGGAGGAAGAACCCAAUGGCCAGGCUUCAGAGGUGGAGCUGCCACGACCCCAGGAUAGGGUCACUACACCUGAGGAUUCACCAGGAAGGAAUGUCUCAGAAGAAAGUGGGGCAUUUCAGUGGCAAGAUGAUUUUCCAUUGAUUCAAAGCCCUUCAACAUCAGAACCUGGGUCUGAAGAGAUCGCUACACCACCCAACUCUCCCGUCAAGUCUCCAGAUGAAAAACCAGCACCACUGCUUUCCCGAUUUAGCGUCUCUCGUUUUUCCAUUACGCAUGUGUCUGACUCUGACAUGGACUCCAUUGGAGGUCAGUUCUGCAUAGACUACGUUCACACUGCAAGUAAAUGUGGCCCAAAUCCGAUUUUUUUUGCUCACAUGUGACUCAGAUCUGUUUUUGUCAUGACAGUGUGAACAGCACAAACCACAUGGAAUCUGAUCUUUUCAAUUCCGAUUUGUGCCACUUCCUUAUGUGGUACUAAAUCCGAUACAGGUCAGAUGUUUUGCAAUGCGACCGCAGUGUGAACAGUCAUGUCGGAAUUCAUGCGACUUUUACGGCACUCUAGAUCGACAUUCGUUAUAAUUCCGCGCUGAUGGGAGACAUUUCAAAGAUUUCACAUACCUAAACUUAUCAAGACAAUUUUAAUCAGUGGACGUUUGAUUUAUCAGUUCAGAACUCAUAAGUAUUACAAUGAUAACUCUAUACAAGCAAAACAUGAGGGCUCGUAUCAUAAAAGUUUCAAAACUCUGCUCUCUUUUGUCACAUCCUUGUCUUUAUUUUUCAUAUUGCCUGCUGGCUUUUGCUGCAGAUCACACUAUAAAUAAAACACGUUAAUUGCUUACUUUAUGUCCUCCGGGUUUACUUCCAUAUGACAGUUUGCUGCGCAAGUGUUGCCAAAUCCACAGUUUCCCCGAGGAGUUAGGCCACUUUCUCCACUGUUGCUGCGGGUUGUUUUUUAAAUUCAUGGGUUGAUACAACCCCACUAACACAAUAUUUACCCCUGAACAUGAUUGGGCUAGUUUUGGACUAGUUUUGAGAAGCAAUUGGGCGGAUUGUUGUUGUUAAAAUCUGGAAACCCUGUUUGUAUUGUUCUUUUGCGCAUGCGGGUCAGUUCAGAACAAUGAUCUGUUCACACUGGAAAUCUGAUAUUGGCCACAUUUAAAACAACAGUGUGAACAGCUGUACAAAAAAAAUUGGAUCUGAGCAAAAAUCGGAAUUGAGCACUAAGGCUCGCAGUGUGAGCCAUAAAGACAUGGUUGAUACAGUUGAGAAACAUUAGGUGCUAGAUCUAAUGAUUUUACAUUUGAGUUUAUUGCUGUAUGCAGGGUUGACAUUGAAAGUUAACUAGCUCUCUCUUUUUGUCACACAGGUAACAGUGAGAAUGGGGCCCAGGAGUGAAGGGGUCAUUAACUCAUUUAAUUGAAGAGGUGUUUAGAACCCGUAUGGUUUGAUUUGGUCUCAUCAGACUGUGGGCUCUCCUGUAUCGCUAUAUUUUUGUUCUUUUAAACGUGCUGGACAAAAGGGUCCUGUCAACCUGAUAUGCUGUUUGGACACAGUGCCUCAUAUUGUAGUGGAUUAGCCAGCCCUUCCCUUGUGUUCCUAGACAGAUGGUGGUUGAGUGACAGUUUUUUUGAGGACAACAGUUAUAAAAACUGAAGAGGAGAUCUGUAUAACAACAUAUUUAUUAUCUAUGUAUUACAACAUGAGGUAUGAAGAUUAUAACUUAUUUGCACAAUUCAGUAUCAGUAUCAUGCUGAAACCAUCAUUUGUUUUUUUACACAUAACAUGUAGGAAACAAUAUAAAUACAAGGCUGCUCUCCUCAUUUGCUUGUCAUGCCCCAUACCGUCAAUAUGUGGUUUAGAGUCUGAAAGAUCUGUCAUAGUGCUUUACAUUUUUCAGGUUGACCCAAUGAUCUGCAUAAAAAUAGAGUUACAAGAUGUUCUGCCCUCAUAAAAGAAAUACCCACGUUUAUUAUUGAGGGUGCAAAAAAUUAUAUACAUACCGAGCCCCUCACUACAAGCUGCUCAAAAGUGAUGUUUUCUAUAUUUGACCACUUUUAAUUAAACUUUAGCUCAGGGGUGUUAAGGGUAUGGUACAAAAGUAGAUAUAUUAACAAUAUAAACCAUCACACUUAAAACGUCUUCAUACAGUCUUAAACAGUGUUUUGCUUUAUUUUUAAUGCUGAAGAACUUUCAUAACAACUACCUGCACUUUCAUUAAUGACUUAAGAUAUAUCUUACCCCAUAAUCAAGUACUUCAUCAAAAUCAAGAUCUUAUUUAUAUAUUAUUAAAAGUGCAGUUUAAUCAUUAACACUUCUUAUCUGGUUAGAUCUUUAAAUCUCUAGAUCAGAAUAUCCAAAAUAUUUAUGGAUGACAGUGAUGCAUUACAGUACUUGUGCUGAGAAGCAAUGACAGUAUUGCAGGAGAACAGAUAAUAACCAGCUAUUUUUCCUUCAACUAUUAUGGUAGCAUGCAUAUAUAUGAUAGCUCACAUAUGGGUCAUUCCUGUUAUGCAGCAAUUCAAACUUUCAGAAAUAUAAGGCACUUAAACACUUUAAAAAAGCUCAUGUGCUACAUUCUGUGUGUUCUGAGGUCAGUAACUUUAUGUGAGAAAUAGAAGAAUUGCAGUUGUCAUUUAAGACAUCCAAACUUUGGCAUGGCACAGUCAUAAUGCUUCUUGACUGCAACUGUUUACAUGAGUGCAAGAUUUCACUGUUAUGUUUAUAAUUAUCAAGCGAUUAUAAUAACGAUUUCAAUUUCACUCUGUUCUUCACAUAAAGCUACUGUAUGACUUCGGAUGAAUUUAAAUAAGCUACAUUUAUGAUACAUCUAUGGUGCUUUGCCAUAUAUGGAGCUGUAGCUCAGACAUUCAAUUCUUUGUGUUCCAAAACUUGAAUUUAAUAUAUCAUCCAGGGGCAUGAAAAUAAGAGGAAGUGUAAGAGGAAUGACCCUGGGGGUACUGAUGGUGAUAAGUUUGUUGGUGCUUGUCAGGAUCAGAACUUUAGCAAGUCCAUCACAACAAUCAGUCAUGAUUGCUGAAUAACUUUUGCUUUGAAUCCGAGAGCUACAGGAACUGAUUUCAGGAUAAACCAGCGGGUUAUCAAAGUUACAGGUGUAUACUUCACAAUUGUGGUACUCAAAGACACACAACCAAGUUAAAGAGAGAAGAGUGACCAUCUCGUCUGUGAACAAAAUGUGUUACAAACAAUAACGGCAGCUCCUGCAGAUCUGAUCCUCCGUCUGUGAUGAUGCCUUGUCUCAGAAGUGUUAUUUUUGUCAAAUCCAAUAACAAAUAGAUGUUCAAAAAUAUACUACAAAACAAUUCAGAUGGUCCAGACGGCAUGUGGGCCUCAUGUGUUUCUACAAGUUUCUCUCAAUAUAUUUUGUCUUUUGUCCCUAUAUGAUCUGAGGUGUAACACCGAGAAAAGUUUUGACCUGUUUUACACGAUGAUCUGUUUAAAUGUAACGUACAGCUGUACCUGUCAUGCUCUGCCUUGAAUCACUGGAGCCCAUACACAUUUGUGCCAAUGCUGUAAGUCACAAUCACUGCACUUGUACCCUCGCUUUCUCGCUGUAUGCCUUUCAAGAGUUUUAUACUGUGCUAAACCUUGCGGCAGUAGGUACUUUUUCUCAUUCAGAACAUCAGUGCUUCAUUAGGCUGGUUGUGGUUGCCAAAGAAAGGUCAAAUUAAAGUGUACUGAAUGUUGAAUGUAGCGUUGAGGGGAAAAGUCUGUUGUUACUGCCUCAUAGACGUCGAACCGUAUGUCCUCACGACUCAUGCCUACUGUACUAUUCUAAAAAUAAACCAAGCUAUAGUUUGUC